AUGGAUUCGGCAUCAAUCGAUUUUAUAGCUGAAAUUUAUAUAUGUUCUACUGAUAAUGAAAAGAAAGAAUUUGAACGAAUUCAUGGUUUUAUUAGUUGCACAAAAUGUUAUCAUACAUCAGUUUAUAGACCUAAAAGUGGAACCAAACGAUUUAUCGAUCAUGCAAAUCAAUGUUCACCAUUGGCAUCUCAAUCUACAACUAGCCCUAAUGAUCCACAAGCAACGCAAAGCACGUUGGAUAAAAUCGUUAUUAAAAGACAAAUCAAUAUUACGACGAAAGAACAAAAUGGUUUGCGGACUAUUUCGAAAGCAUCAUUUCCAGCAGGAAUUGGUACAUUCUCGAUAUCCCAAAAGAUGCUUACUGGUCCAUCGGGUUGA